AUGUUGAAGAAUCACUUGUGCAAGCUUAGAAUGAAGUCUCUGAAGUCAACAAGGACUCAUUUGAGGAUUACUAUUCUGCCAAGCAAUCAACAGUAUAACUAGGUAAAAUACAAAUAAAAAAUUACUUAGUAAUUAAAAGGAAAAUCAGUGACUGUGAACAAAUCACCUAACCCCAGUAAUAGAUUAAGCCAAGUGCAAAGCAUGAAAUAACUUUAAUCUGUUGAACAUGGCCUCAAACCUGCAUCAAAAUAUACAAGUAAAUAAAAUAGUCCAAAAUUGAGCAAAAACUAUAUCACAGGUAAGCAGCAAUAUAUUCUAUAUGUAAAAAACCCAAUAGCUGAUUCAAGAACUGGACGAACUAAGAAUGAUUCUCAGUUAGAAAUAGAUAGCUCUUUACUGAUCAAGCUUUAAAAUGAGAAUGCCAAGAUGAGAGAAAAGAUUAAGGAGCUAAGUGCUUAAGUAGAAUAAGCUUUGGAUAAGGCCUCUAAGAAUCUAGCUAAAAAGGGAAGGGCCAAGUCUCCCUAAGACAACUCCAUGGUGCGAGAUAAAGAACUGAUGAAUUAGGAAUAACAGAUAGCUCAACUUAAAAAGGAAUUGAAUAGUUAUAAAAUACGUUAUGAUGCAGAUGCUAAUAUAGAGAAUUAUCUAGCAAUGUAAAAUAAACUGGUAGAUAGUGAAAGAAAAAAUGCUGAGUUACUAAGAGAGAUUUAAGCGUUGAAAAAUGUCUAGCAUGAGUAGAGUAAAGCACUUGAGAGGCUAAGUCAAAAAGAUGUGGUUGCUUCUACCACUAAAAGUUUGACAGAUGAGGUUAGACUAGCAAAUGGUAGAAUAAGAGAAUUAGAGGAGAGAAAGUUGAAGGAUGAAUAGCUUAACAAAAAGCAGUUUGACCAUAUCAUAAAAUUAGAGGAAAAGAUCAAAGAGUUGAGAGAGCAAAUAUCUUCAAGCAAUAAAAACAAUCCAAUGGCGUAACUGAAGCAAUCUUAGAUUCCCCAAGAUAAGGAUCUUGAAAAGCUGGCUGAUGAGUUAUAGAGUAAGCUCAUGUAAGCUGAGAGAUAGAGGGAAAUAGCUGAGAAAGCAAGAGACUAGGAAGUUAAAAAAUCAAAGAAGAUGACUAAGCAGUUACAAGAUUAGAUUAAUCAGUUACAAACUUAAUUAGAGGCAUCUUAACGCCAAAUCAGAGAGAAGGAAUAAGAGGGCAGAUUAGCCAGCAGCAAACUAAGAGAAAUAUAAAAGAACAUCAAGCAUGGCUAGUUAACUCCAUUAGUUCGUAUGGGAUCACCUGUUGGACCAGAUAAUGAGACUAUAGAGGAUAAAGAUUUACAGAGAAAUAAGUUACAAUCUGAUAGAAAUGCAAAGUAAUAUACGGCCCUUAGCAAUAAAAAUAGUGAGACUAAUUUAGUAAAUGUCAAGCAAACUCAGCAAAGAAAUAAAUCCAUGAAUAGAAAUUCAACUGAAGUUAACUUAAAGCCUGUCGAUAAAAAAGGCUUGCCAUCUCAGAUUAAUACAGAUGAUGAGUCUUAAGCUAGAAAAGGAGGCAAGGGAUCUUAAAGCACUAAGAAUCUUAAGAUAUCAGUUAACAAUAAUUUGAAACAAGAUAUACAUAGCCAUCUUGUCGAUACUUAGGAUGACACGACUUUACCUUCAGAGACUUCUUCAAGAAGAUUGUAAUCUCACUAGCCCAAGAUUAAAGGCAACUAAAAUAUUAAAAAUGUACUUAGUAAUUCAAGAUCUGACAUUGAGGAUUAAAGUGAAAUGAGGUAAAGUGAUAGUACAAUCAACAAUAAGACACCAUCAAUUAUCAAUAGAAAGUAAAAUCUUAGAAGCAGCAAGGGUUCCAUUGAUAAAAGCAAGGAUAAAUUCUAAAGUAGACUAAGGGAGGAAGAUGAAGAUGAGUAAGACUCUGAUGAAAACUGA